ACAUCAUCCUCUCUCUCUCUCUCUCUCUCUCUCUCUCUCUCUCUCUAUCCUUCUCUCUGUUUCAUGUUCUGUAAUCCCUAAAUCCCCAAUUUGGGACAAAUUAGUUUGUGUCUCUCUCCCUUGCUUGUGCUUGGGGAAUGCGUUCUGUGUAGUCAGCUACUAUAUCAGAAGUGAGUGACAAAUGAGUAACGUUUCUUGGUUGCCUGAAGAGGACUUCAAGGGUCUAGCGGAUAAUUUCUUUGAUAAUCUCAUUGAGCACAUUGAUGAUUUUCCCCUUGAAGACAUCGAAACCGCUGAUGAUGAGGAAGAUUGGAAGACCGGGUUUCAAAACCUUGGGCCUCCACCAUUGGAUGUGCUAACGAGUUUGCCCUCUGAGUUCACUUGCAAGGGACAGCGUGUGAGAGUCCAGAAUACAGUCCCCAUUGUGAAGCAGUCGAGUUCUUCCGAUGUCUCUUCUACUGUUGAUAUCUCCCCUCCUGACGUCAAAGUCUCGAAGCUAUUUCAGUCUUCAAGCCCGGUCUCAGUUCUUGAGAACACCAAUGGUUCCGUCUUAUCCCAAAGCCAAAACAGAAUUCAGAGACUGACCUUUCUUGUGAAAGGCAUCAGAAGCAAGCGCAAACGCCCUACAACGCUGAAAUUCUUCAAGUCACUUGGAGCAGAGAUGUCUCAGCACUUCGUUCCGGAUGAAUCAAAAUCUGAAACUCACCUCUCUUCAGAGAAUUCUGUCAAGAAGAAACGUAAGAGUCCUGCUCUGUCGAUCUCUUACAGUCCAGAACUAAUUAACUCAGAUGGGACUGUCCGGAAAUGCACCCAUUGCGAGACAACCAGGACCCCGCAGUGGAGAGAAGGACCCCAUGGGCGUAAAACCCUCUGCAACGCUUGCGGAGUCCGGUUCAGAUCAGGCCGUCUUGUUCCAGAAUACCGUCCAGCAUCAAGCCCGACCUUCAUCCCAGCCGUGCAUUCCAAUUCGCACAGAAAGAUCAUUGAGAUGAGAAGGAAAGAAGAAGGCCAAUAGGACAUCAGAGAGAUCCGUGCCAUGAUUUCUGGAGCAUAGAGACUAAAUCAGGGAUUUGUAACUUCAGCAGACCAAACUCAUUUGGUCUAUGAGAAAAACAAAACUGUGAGGAUGCGUAGAAUUGGUUUAACUCUCUCUUGGAAGACUGAUGUUCUUUAAAAAAAACUAGGGUUUAGUGUUUUCUCUUUUUCUUUAUCUGAUGCAGAGAGUUUAGGAGUUUUGUUGAAAUUUAGGGUCUUAGUAUUGUUUGAUUAUGUGGUUAUGUUUGAAAGAAGAUGUUUGGUUGCACAUCAAUUUUAUCAGACUAGUGUAACGCCACCCCUUAUGCUCGGCUUCAUAUCUCCUCAGUCCUCACUAGAAAGAGGACUUGUUAACCAGCUUUGGUCCCUGGCAUAGGAUCAGAGUGAUGUAAUGCCACUUUUUUUUUCUUUCUUGUUUAGCUAUGUUGGAGAAGCAACCA